GCCCGGCAGCCAACAUGGCGGCGGCGGCGGCGGCGGGCGCGGGCCCGGAGAUGGUCCGCGGGCAGGUGUUCGACGUGGGGCCGCGCUACACCAAUCUCUCGUACAUCGGCGAGGGCGCCUACGGCAUGGUGUGCUCUGCUUAUGAUAAUGUCAACAAAGUCCGAGUCGCCAUCAAGAAAAUCAGCCCUUUUGAGCACCAGACGUACUGCCAGAGGACGCUGAGAGAGAUAAAGAUCUUGCUGCGCUUCAGACACGAGAACAUCAUUGGAAUCAACGACAUCAUUCGGGCGCCGACCAUCGAGCAGAUGAAAGACGUAUACAUAGUACAGGACCUCAUGGAAACAGAUCUCUACAAGCUCUUGAAGACGCAACACCUCAGCAAUGACCACAUCUGCUACUUUCUUUACCAGAUCCUCAGAGGGCUGAAGUAUAUCCAUUCAGCCAACGUGCUGCACCGGGACCUCAAGCCUUCCAACCUGCUGCUCAACACCACCUGCGAUCUCAAGAUCUGUGACUUUGGCCUGGCCCGUGUUGCAGAUCCGGACCACGACCACACAGGGUUCCUGACCGAGUACGUGGCCACGCGCUGGUACCGGGCUCCAGAGAUCAUGCUGAACUCCAAGGGCUACACCAAGUCCAUCGACAUCUGGUCCGUGGGCUGCAUCCUAGCAGAGAUGCUCUCCAACAGGCCCAUCUUCCCCGGGAAGCAUUACCUCGACCAGCUGAACCACAUUCUGGGUAUUCUUGGAUCCCCGUCGCAGGAAGACCUGAAUUGUAUAAUAAAUUUAAAAGCUAGAAACUAUCUGCUCUCUCUUCCACACAAAAAUAAGGUGCCGUGGAACAGGCUGUUCCCGAAUGCUGACUCCAAAGCUCUGGAUUUACUGGACAAAAUGUUGACGUUCAACCCUCACAAGAGGAUCGAGGUGGAGCAGGCUCUGGCCCAUCCAUACCUGGAGCAGUACUACGAUCCAAGCGACGAGCCCGUCGCCGAAGCACCUUUCAAGUUUGACAUGGAAUUGGAUGACUUGCCCAAGGAAAAGCUCAAAGAACUCAUUUUUGAAGAGACUGCUAGAUUCCAGCCGGGAUACCGAUCUUAAAUUUGUCAGGACAUGGGCCCGAGGACGGCACGCAGACCCCGCGGCUCUCCUGCAGCUCCUGACCCGCCUGUCCCCAGCCCGUCUGCGUGUCCACCUGACUCCUCUGAGCCGUCGGAGGGGCGGCUCCCGGUAGUUGUGGCUUCUGUGCUUUCAAAGAACUCCCCCGGCCAGGGCGCUGUCCUGGCCCCGUGUGCGCCGCCUCCGGCGACCUGCGGCUGUGUGUCCCUCAGGGCCCCUCCCGCCCACCUUGCUUCAGUCACUAGCCACCUUCUGCUCCGAGAGAAGCAGUGGCCCCUCCCCUCCCGAGUCCUGCGCCGCUGCCCUGCCGAUCACGUCUCCUGGGCGCGUCACGGCAGCGACAGCCCCCUUUGCACUCCCGCCGCCUCACGUCACGCUGGUCCCUCGCGGGUGCCAGGUGUGCACUGCAUGUCUGGCGUGUAGGGCACCGCCUCUUCUCUAAAUGGGAGGAGGAGGCCCGCGUCGGGCAGCUCACCUGCCCCGUCGGGGGCACAGCACUUGGGGGACGCGUCACACGCGGCUCUGCCUGCUUGUGGGACUCCCGCCAGCAGAGGCAGCUCCCCGGGAUCGGGUAAAGGGCGCAGGCCGCGGGGCGCCCGCCCGACGCCCGAGGGCCGGGCCGGGGCACACCGCGUCUCGGGAGCAGCUGCCGCGCAUUUCCUUCCCUCCUGCAGCAUGCCAGCAUCUCAAGUCCGCCCUCCACCUCCGGUGUGACAGUGUGUGCUAAAGCCUGGCGCGCCUUGGCCGAGCGCUGCCCUGUGCCAGGGCCCGCUCACGCGUGGGGCGCCCGCAGAAGCCCGCCCGUGCCCCCGGCCCUCGCGCCGGCUGCCCCCGAGCUCUGUGCGCAGCACUCUGCCUGUCCAGCCGUCACUGUCCCCUCGCAUGACUGUUACAGCUUCUGUGCGGAGAUGAGUCCAAGUGCCACGCGCCUGUGGUCAAAACGAAACUCUGUUGUUACCUCUGAGUUGUGCUCCACGGAAAAUGCUCUCCACAGAUCACUUAGGAGAAGUCCCUCAGUUCUCAGCUUCCCAUUUCUCAGCGGUCCUUUCCUUCUUGUUUGGUUUUUGACAGCAGUGGAGAGUGGGUUAUAUAAAGACUGCCUGCUAACACGAACAGUCCUGAAAAUAAACGGGCGUCCUCUAUCUCUGCGCUCACGUUAAGAUUCAGUGUCGAUUUCGUCUGGAUCAUGGGGUCUGAACCAACAGUCAGGUUCAGGCUGUGCUUAGACCAGGAAGCCUGGCGGGCCCUCUCCCUGCUGGGCGCUGCCUGAACACCCGGGUUUGUGUAAGGCCAUGUAGGCAGCGUUGUGCAGGGGUUUUCCCUCCACAGAGCAGCGCAUCAGUUCCGACAUGCUCCUCUCCCCAGACCACAGGCCUGCGGUGUCCUCUCAGACCCCGACGACUCCCAGAAGUCGUGAGUUGGGUUCUCUGGUUCUUUCUAGAGGUUGGCCUGUGUCCCAGUCAAGCGCCAGGAAGGGCUCGCCCCCUCAGGCCAGAGCGGGUGCUGGACUCCCCCCUCAGACCAGAACCACAUCUGGGUGUCGUCCCUGAGGGUCGUGGCUUCGCCGCCGUGCACAGAGCUGUCCGGUGGAGGCCUACGGGGCGGUGAGAGGUGGAGCGUUGCUGUCCCGGGUACAUUUUAAAAGGAGCGCUGGCGGGUUAUCGCGCUUAUUUCUCUGCUUACUACUAACAUUCCAAAGUAGUGUUAGGAGGAGAGCCUGCAGCUCGUUAACCAGACAGAAAGCUGCAGCUUUGGUCACUAACCCCUGGGGGCUUGGGGCACCCCCGCCCCUUGCCGUCUGCGGGUCUGGUGGGCAGGACUAACCCUGUGCCGGAGUCCCUGUAGCCUUUCACUCACGCACGCUUGGCUCAGCGGGCCAGGCAGCUGUCUACACAAGGCGCCUUCGAAGAGCGCUGGCUGUGGUGCGCGAGGCUCCCCCUGUGGGUCUGCCUGCGUCUCUCGAAGCGUGCGCGUCGGGGCGCGUGGAUUCACGCCGGUGACCCCGACUGCCGCCGUGACUGCCCCCUGCACAUCAGCUUGGGGCCGAUGGCUUUCUCGGUGUCUAAAACGCAAGCAAGAACUUCCUGUUGAAACAUUCCAGUCCCUUCAGUGAGCACGAGAGAGAACACCGGAGGAGGCAGCCGGGGGCCCUGCCAGGGCUCGAGACGGCCGCGUGGGUGAGGGCGAGGGCGGCGUGUCCACGUGAUUGCUACUGCGACCACGUGUGGGGGCCCCGGGGCCGGUCUGUCCCCGAGCCAGGCGGGGGCAUGGCCUGCGACGUGCGUGUGCCAGUGACGUGCAGAUGGUGCGGCGGAGACGGACCUUCGGUUGCUUGCGUGUUAAUAUGGUUUUAAAUUGGUAACUUUUCUACAGUACGUGAUGGUAUGUUAACACACGUACGUAUGCACACAUGCUUUAGGCCCUUCCAUGAUACUUUUAUAUUUGUAAGUCAAUGUUUUGGACAAUCCCAAGUUUUUAAGGGAAAUAUUUUUGUAGAUGUGGUGGUUUUGAAAAUCUGAGCAGUCCUUCUGCUUAUACGUUUUAAAGCAUUUGUGCUUUAAAAUUGUGCUGGUGUUUGAAGUGACCCUCUUAGCGCAGACGAGAGGCUUGUCCAGCAGCGGGAACCCAGGGCCUCCCGCACGGCGGCCGCGUGGCAUCGCAGGUCAGAGACGGGAAACCAGGGCUGCUCCGGGCCUGCACCGGCCCCCCUGGAGCGCAUUCUCCGCGUAGAGCAGUCAAGAAAGGUCCAAGCCUGCUUCCUAUCUGCUUCGUACUGUUGGUGCCUUCUUGGUAUUGUACCCCAAAAUUCUGCAUAGAUUACUUAGUAUAAUGGUAAGUUAAAAACAAAUGGUAAAGGAAGAUUUUAUUAAGAAUCUGAGUGUUUAUUCAUUAUAUUGUUACAACUUAACCUUUAUUUGUGGUAUUUGUGAUUUGGUUAAUCUGUAUAAAAAUUGUAAGUAGAAAGGUUUAUAUUUCAUCUUAAUUCUUUCGAUGCUGUAAACGUACUUUCUAAAAGAUGGGUUAUUUGAAUGUUUAUGGCACCUGACUUUAAAAACAAAACAAAAAAAUCAGAAUCAUUAAAUCGUGUCCGUGUUAGCAGA